UUAGUUGCGGCAACAUGACGUUGUACUUACCCAAUUUCCGCCAUGAAUUUCCGGAGAGGACAUUCAAACACACUCUUUUUGGCGCGUGUUCCGAGUCCACCUUUUUGCUUUUUUUUUUUUUUUAAAACCAAAUGUCCCCCAAGGGACACACAUACCCCUUCUCAUCUCCUCUUAUAUAAAGAGGAGAAGGAAUCCACUCAAAUCCACCUUUAGCUAAAAGGGGAGAAGGGGGUUGUAGUAUACCUCAAGUAAAAGCUUCGAAUCCCAAAAACCUUACAUCACAUGCAACUCACAAAACCCUAAUCUCCAAAUUCAUAAAUCGUUUUCCAAAUUAUAAUCAGGAAAUUAGAUUGAAAGUUUGUAGGGGAGAUUAAACAAUGUCUGCAAUUGUAUGCGGCAAGAGAUCUUUCUUCGAAGAUUUACAAUCGCCGUCGCCGACGUCAUCGUCGCCGCCUGUUACUAAGAAGCUUCGUUGCUCUUCCUCCACCUCUCCGGUGAGGUUCUCCUCUUCGCCGCCGCCGUCCGUUUUCAUCGAUCAGCUCAGAGCUUUGUUUCCUGAUAUGGACACUCAGCUUAUUGAGAAAGCUUUGGAAGAGUGUGGCAAUGAUUUGGAUGGUGCUAUUAAGAGGUUACACGAGCUUCACAUUGUGUAUGCUGAUGGAAAAACAGUUGCUGAUGGAGAGAUGGAUAAUGGAGAAAAGCCAACUAAUGGGUCAGAUGUUCGAUCUGAAGGUCCUCCUCUCCAGAAUAAUCUUCCAGCUGAUGGUGCAGAAUGGGUGGAGUUGCUUGUCCGGGAAAUGAUGAGUGCUACAAGCGUAGAUGAUGCCAGGGCUCGGGCUGCAAGAGUGUUGGAGAGCCUGGAGCAAUCAAUUAGUGUCCAUGCUGGUGCAGACGCAGCUCAGAAUGUUCACAAGGAAAAUAUGAUGCUGAAGGAGCAAAUUGAAGUGUUUCUUAGAGAAAAUGCCAUUCUCAAACGUGCUGUUGCCAUCCAGCAUGAACGGCAGAAAGAGUAUGAUGAUAGAAACCAGGAAGUGCAGCAAUUGAAGCAGAUGAUCGGUCAAUAUCAAGAACAAAUAAAAAAUCUUGAGGUGAAUAAUUAUGCUUUGACUAUGCAUUUGCGCCAGGCUCAGCAAAGCAACUCUAUUCCAGGACGCUUUCAUCCAGACAUCUUCUAGUGCUGAGGCUAGUCCAGUUAAAGCUGUGAAACAUACAAAGACACAAGCCAUGUUGGCAUCUUGUCAGCUGCGAUAUAGGAUGUAUAAGCGAAUUCUAUACUAAUACUGUUUUUAUUAGAUUGAGAAAAGGUUUACAUGUUGAGUUGGGGCCACUUUGGUUGAUACCCCUGAUAAAAUAGUGUUGGAAUGGGCAUCAUUCAAAUGGUGGAAGGCCUCAAAUGUGCGUAUUAAAGUAAUAUGUAGAAACUGGCUAAAAUUUGCUAUGCUAAUUUCGCUUUCUGUUCA